CACCGAGGCACGGCACCACACUUGCUGGCUCGCACAGGACAGUGAACAUGAGCUUGGGCGCCGCCGUGUUCGUCCACAGACCCUCGCCCGCUUUGAUCGAACCAUGAUAGGAAACCCCGCUGCUCAGGUACAACAAGUCAGUGCCCGCUACGGCCUAACCAUGUCGGGUUCCCAGAUGGCAGAGUACGCAGCACAAGCUCAAGGCAGAACUCACGUCAAGCGGCAGGAGGAGUUUGACAGACUGCACUCGUUCGUUCAGUGGAUCAAUGCAAAUGGACAUCAUGCAGCGCACCUGAUGACCAAAGACGGUGCAUUUAGCGAGCUUCUGUUCUGCCUAAAGCUGAAUGGUUUGUCGGCCAAGUCUCCAAAGGUCCUGUUCACGGACGCGACGCAUCUGUCGUACAACAACAUGAUGCUCCACCUCUUGUGCCAACUGGACGCAGACAACAAGAUCUUCAUUCUGGGCGCCAACAUAACCCAGCAGGAAACCAAGCCCGCUUACGCACACUUGUUCCAGCUCUGCUUAUCGGUCAUGCCCCCACUUUGGGGCGAGCAUACGAUUCUCUCGGAUUUAGGGACUGCUGUGACCAGCGCAAUCAACGAAAUACCCAUGUGGCACCACGGCAUGUGCUCCGUGCACAUGCGAAGGCGUCUGCGGCACCAGCAACUCUUUGAUGCAGCCAUGAAUGCAACCUCCGUGAGUGACCUGGAGAAAGCCCUGGAACGAUACAGGACACAGGCGCCGAAGGAAGCUGCUCGCGUGAAGAACCGCAUUUGCAACCUGAGCCCUCUUCUACACCCACUCGGAACGUACGAAUCGCACGACCCGACACGACCGCGUGCUUGCAUUGACACGCAUGUGCACAGCGCUCGCACGACAUGACCACACAUGAGCGCGCA